UUCGCAUUCUUCUUUUUCACCUUAUCAAGAAUCUUGGCCUUGUGACCUCAUUCCUCCUAAUUACCUUAUUACAUCCUGCCACUCUUAUUCAGGUGCCCUUUGAGUUACAACCUUAAGAGUGGUGACCCUCAACAACCACUGCUCCUACACCUACCUACUACCAUCAUUUUGAACAACACCACCGUAAACAGGGAAUAACUGCCCUUCUUCCUUUUUCACAAUAUUUACAUUUUCCUUCUUCUUUCUUAUUUCUGUACAAGGUUUUUUUUUUUCUUAGUUUUUUUUAUUUAUCACGGUCAUUCAUUAAUCCAAACAAGAUCAUCGGUAUUUCUUACGCAUCCAAAAUUGCUCGAUUCCUCUUGGAAAUUAUCGUCAUCUGAUUCAUAGCCGUCAUCUAUUCCAUCUGAAACAUCUCCCAAAGCACUGGAUUUUCUUCGACCGGUGUGGAUACAUAUUCCUUUUGACCGCUGUUAAAUUCAGCGAAUUUUAAAGAAGGCUUACUAUAUAUUAUAAGUUCUUAUUUCAAGUUCAUUUUUCUCAAUGUCCAAUUCAUCGUUCCCUGCUACUGACGUUCCUUCUCACUUUUCUUCCGAUGAACAGGCUCCUGUAGUCCAUAGUUCUGCUGAUCCUACUUCAUCGGCAGCAGCAGAAACUCCCUCUACUGCACCCCCUGCUCCUCCUUCUACGGAGCCCGCAUCCUUCGACAACAUAAAGUCCGAACCUGCUGCGGAGGCUCGCAAAAUCCCUACUGAUACUGCUACUGCUGUCGCUCAAGAAAUUCAGUCAAAGCUUUCCUUAUCAAGGGAUCAUUCUCUAAAAGAGCAUUCCGAAGCUCCUUCAACAGGUCCCAUGAUUGAAUCUACUAUAUCUAAGGAAGCCGCUCCUCAAGAUUUGGAGGAUGCUGCUUCUGAUUCUUCUUUUACUGAAGCUUCUGAAAAAUUAGAAGAACAGGAAAAGUCCGAAGAGGAAAAGCAUGAAGACAUUGAUCCAGAACUUUCUCGUCGCAUCGCUCUUCGUGAACGUAUGGCAAAGAUGAGUGGUGGCCUUGGUAUGCAUGCUUUUGGCCUACCCGGAAUGGCUCCUCCUCCUCGUUUAAAGUCUUUAAAAAAGGGUUCUGAACCCGAAUCUGAAUAUCAACCUAUCAAUGAUCACGCGGAACCCGAGACGAAUCCCAGCAAACCACGAGACUCUGCUGCUCCCUCGGGAAUGUCUUCCGUGACUAUGCAAGCUUCCCCUGAACCUUCUACGAACAUAGAAGAAACAGUGGAACCAAAUGCCGACGAUGAGGCAUCUAAUACUUCUCUUUCAGCUUCCCCAAGUAUGGAACUUCCUGGUUUAGCGAUGCAUAUUCCUGGAACUGAAGAGUCUGGUUGGCCUGAGGAAAAGGAACAAACGUCUCCUCCUCCAAUUAUCACUGACUUUAGUAAUCAAAAGGAUUCUCAGGUAGAAGAAGUUUUGCCUCUUUCGCAGACUCACCUUUUCACACGCCUUAAGCCUCCUCAAGCCAAUAGUUCUUCUAUAGGCCAGUCUCCCACUUCUAUAGUUGAUCCUGCUCAUGCUGUUCGUAAAGUUAUUGACUCCAUUGAUCCUCCAAAGGAGACCGUGGCCGGUACGGCUGCUGACGUAGAGUCUGCCGCGAAUUCACCUGUUACUCCUCCUCGAUCCUUGAAUAGUCGUGAACAAUCCCCCGAUUGGAAGGAUUCUUACAAUAACAAUGAUUUUGCAGAGCGGAAGUUACCUAGCCGUAUCACAGAAGUCUCAGAAUCCCAGGCUUAUGAUUCUGAUGCUGAAGUAGCUCCCUCUCAGCGUUCUUCGCGUCGUCCAUCACUUCCUUCCAUAAGGUUCAACAAAACCAAAACUAUUGCGGAUUUUAACGAGGAUUUAGAUGAUUUACCUGCUGUUCCUCGUAUAUUUAGUCCUCCCCCUUUACCCAAAACUCCUUCUGGAGAAUUUGGUGAUAGUGAGUUCAUUCAACCGAAGAGACAGCUGAAAACGAAAUUUAUUCCAGGCCAUCAAUCCAAGCCGUCUACCGGUUCUUCGCUGCGAAAUCCUGUUUCAAUAUCUACUUCGGGUGGUCGACCUGUUCUAUCUGAUGAACCUGAUGAACCUGAUACUCCUGAUUCUCUUACUGAGCAUCCUCUUCCUGCGCUCCCAGUAUCUGAUGAACCUGUCGAGGAGAGUAAUGAUUCAAUGAAUUUUACUCAAAGCGAGCGUAGGACAAGUAUUAUAGCACCAACUCCAAGUGUGCCUGUGGCAUCUCCACCUCCAAUUCCGGUGGCCCCUGUAAAUACUGAACCAAAAGCCCCUUCAAUUUCUCCUCCUCCGAUACCCAACACUCAUUCUGAACAAUUCCAUUAUGAUUCCACCAAUUCUUCUGCGGUACCGGCUUCUGAAACUAAUCAGAAUAAUUCCCUGACCCAGGAUAUUACACAGUUAGGAAACAGUAUGCGUUUACCUACUAGACUUGUUCGUCCAUCUUCUAGUGGGAGGAAAGCAUCAGGUCCGCGACCAGUAGCACCUCCAUCUAUUCCACCUCCACCUCCUGUUUCUGUGAGCAAAUCGGAAAUAUCGAAAGAACCAGUGCCCCCGCCAGCACCAACUUCAAGUCCUCCAGUUCCUCCACCCUUAAGUCAUCAGGUUCCACCUGCCCCAUCUGCAGCUGUACCUCCAGUGCCCCCUCCCACGACGGAUGUACCUCCUAUACCUGUUUCUCCUUUUUCUCAAGAUGUAAGGAGUAGUUCGAGUGAAAGUGUGCCACAAUCUCCUGAUCCCAUCAAACAGGAAGUAAGUCCCACUACUAUGCCACAACGAAAUGAUUCUGUCUCGCAGAAAUCUAUUUCAUCUAUUUCUAUACGGCAAGCCCCUGACAUGAACCCUCCUCUUCUCAGUCAGAGACCAUCACAAAAAUCAAUUAGAUCCACUGCUUCUGUUAAACGACCUUCUAUCGUCGCCACGAAUGGCCCAUUUAAUGACGCUUAUGUAGCUAAGAUUGUUGAUCCUUGUGCUGAACAGAAAUGGUGGCUUGACUCUAGUACGGUGCCUAAUUCCGUCUUGAAAUUGAAUGACUCUGUUUUAUUUAUGAUUAGGGAAGGCACGACAGGUCCAAACAAGCAUUUUAAGUCUAUACACAUAUUGUUUCAUGAUUAUAGUCAGACAGUCCUGACUUCUACUUUUAAUCCUGCUACUCAUUAUGUAACUCAGCUUUCGCAAUUACAACUGGCACCUCCAGUUCAGCCGUCUAAGGAGCGACUUGCCCAAGAAUUUGAAUGUUAUGGUAACACCAUAUUGAGACAAGCCAAAGCUUCUCAAGGGCUUACAAUUGGAGAUGGUAGCGCAUAUACCUUUGUUAAUUCUAUACUUGGUAAUCUUACACAAAACAUUGAGCCAAUUAAUAAGCGUACUUUUGGUGCCGUUGUGUACGCCAAUGACUCAAAUGUUACGAUCCAACAAAAUGGCGAAAUUAGACCAGGUGAUAUAAUCACUUUUGAUAAUGUUAGGUUGAGUGGUCAAAAAGGCACACUCCGUCACAAAUAUGCUUUUGACGUUGGUAAUCCAUUCCACGUCGGUAUCGUUGCAGAAUGGGAAGUUUCAAAGAUGAAAAUUCGCGCUUUAGAACAAGGACGCGAAUCCAAAAAGGUUUCUUUAGUUAGUUACAAACUUGGUGAUUUGAAGAGUGGUGAAAUAACGGUUUGGCGUACAAUGCGGCGUUCAUGGUUAGGCUGGAACUAGUCCAAAAGCAGUCUUUAUAAUUACUUUUAAGCGUUUAUUUUUGGAUGAUUUACGUUCAUUUUAUGCAUUUUUUAUUCUUCCGUUCGCCGACUUAUAAUAGUAUAUGUUAUAUAUGGUAUCUGAUUAUACAUGCUAUUUACUUGUAUUUUAAGAAUGGUGGUUUAGCAAAUAUAUGUAUAGACAUUACUGACAGUAUUUAGGUUAAGUCUGAGAAAAACUUCAGGUUGUAUGUAUCUAAUUCACAUAAACAGCUCUGUUGUAAUGAUAUCUUUUUAAGUAUUCAUAUAGCCAUUAUUUUAGCUAUCACAUUUUUAUUUAAUACACAAUAGCUUAGAUAUUAGUAUUGAUAAUUCCUUUGAAUUUUGCACUUAAAAAUAUUAAGAUCAUUUUGAGUUCUG